AUGGGUUUUAGGAAUAUAUUGUUGGAUGAAGAUGGUGUUGCCAAACUGAUUGAUCUGUCUUAUUGUGUCUCUAUCCCAAAAGGAGAAACAUUUACCAAGCUUACUUGGGUAGGAAGAGAUUACGAUUACAUGGACGAUGAUCAUUCGUUCAAUCGUGUAGUGUCGGAAAAAACUGAUGUCUACGGCUUUGGAAUUUUCAUGCAAAAGCUUCUGGCAGGAGAAGAAAGAUUUGAUGAGCUUUGUGGUUGGAAGAACUGGAGAGGCAAAAACAAAGUGCCAAAAAUGUUGUCUGAAUCCAUGAGCGAGGGACGCAUGGAUGAGAUCGUCGAUCCAAAGAUGCUAGUGGAUAAAGUUUUAGAAGAAGAGCGUUACCGAAUGAAAGUUUUCCUUAACCUCUCAGAAAGAUGCAUCGGUCUUAGAGGGGAAGUUCCAAAAAUGCUUCAAGUCGCCAAAGAACUAAAGAUGUCUGAAAGAUGCCAUUACUUAACCUCUCAGAAAGACGUCAUUACCUUUCUUUAG